AUGGACUCCAUAGAAUAUUUCACUCUAUUAGCGGGGGAAGCAGCACCAGUCACGAGAGAAGCAGAGGUAGCACUAGCAGCGGAUCCAGUCCUUGAUCGAGAUUCAAACCCAGUCGCAGUAACCGGAGACAAGAGAAGCGGAGGCAGUAGUUGCGCGAGCAGUUCAAGAUGCAGCAGGUUAAUUACAUCAAGCCAGAACGUUAAGAAAAAGAUCCUAAUUCUUACCUCCCUGAUCCACUUGGUGGGCUCCAUUGUUGGAUCACUGAGAUUCUCUUUUUCCCCGGGAGGGAAAUAUGCAUAUCUGUUAUGUUACGAUGCAUUCUUCGCACUGGGAACAUAUGAAUUCUUCAUUAUUCCCUUCAAAGCAAGAUCUGAGCAAGUAGCAGAGCCAGUUGAUUGA